UUGGAAAAGUUUGCCUUGGUGAAGCACUCACCAUGGGGGGAACCUCGCUGUUAUUUGCUCUCUUGGUGUCUCUUCCUGCCCUGUCCCUGUGUGAUCCUCUAUACACAUUGACUGCUCCCAAUGUUUUGCGAAUUGAAAGUGAAGAAACUGUGAUUGUGGAAGCCCACAAUGUCAAUACUGAUAUUGAUGUUGAUAUUCAUUUGAUGACCUUCCCUGAAAGGCAGGUCUCAUUAUGUCAAACCAAAACACGUCUGACAUCAGCAAACAACUAUCUAGCUUCUGCCACUGUUAAGAUACCUGCAAAUAAACUUCCAAAGGAAUCCAGAAGAGGCCAGUUUGUAAUUUUGGAAGCAAAAUCAGGACUUUUUAAUUUGCAGAGUAUUAUCCUUAUUACACGUCAAACAGGACACAUCUUUAUCCAGACUGACAAACCAAUCUACACACCGACUCAAACUGUGCUUUAUCGUUUGCUCACGGUGGACAGUGAGCUGAAGCCAAGCAGAAACCCAACAGUUGUUGAAUUUGUGAAUCCCCAAGAUAUUGUCGUAGAACGGACUGAAGUCAUAAUCAAAGAUUCCACAGGAAUUACUGGAAGUACCUAUAAAAUACCAGAGGUUGUGAAUAUUGGAACAUGGAAGAUUUUUGCAAGUUACAAAGAUGCCCCUGACGCAAAUUUCACAACUCAAUUUGAAGUGAAGGAAUACGUGUUGCCAAGCUUUGAAGUUACCUUGGAUUCACAGAAGCAGUUUUUCUACAUUGAUGACACAGAAUUACACGUUACAAUUUCUGCAAGAUUCACUUAUGGAAAAGAAGUUGAAGGUCGAGCCUUUGUUCUGUUUGGAAUAUUGAAAAAUGGUGAAAAGUUGAGCAUUGCAAAGUCACUUCAAACAGUGCCUAUUAUAAAUGGCCAUGGAGAAGCUGUCCUGGAAAAGGACCACUUGAUUGGCAGCUUCGAAGACAUUAACUCACUGGUUGGAAGUUCAAUCUAUGUUACUGCAAGUGUUAUCACACAUACAGGCAGUGACCUUGUAGAAGCAGAAAAAACAGGCAUAAAAAUAGUUGUCAGCCCAUAUACAAUCUUGUUCACCAAAACUUCCAAGUAUUACAAGCCUGGGAUGCCCUUCGACAUGAUGGUCUAUGUAACAAAUCCUGAUGGUUCCCCUGCCAGUGGAGUUCCUGUGAAGUAUGACAAUGCUGAUGUCAAGUCCAAAACCCAUGCUGAUGGAAUUGCUAAGUUGACAAUAAAUACGCCUGGAGAGCCAAGGAACUUUCAUAUAAGAGUUUCAACAGAAGUUCCCAAUACUCCCCGUCAACGACAGGCAUCUGCAAUGAUGACUGCAGAGCCCUAUAUGACACAAGGUGGUUCAUCAAACUACCUGCACAUUGGCAUUUCACAAACAGAUCUAAGUCCAGGUGAAGAUUUAUUGGUUAAUCUGAACCCCCGAAAUGACAAUGCUCAAGUUCGGGAGAAGAUAAAGUACUUCACCUAUAUGUUGAUUAACAAAGGGAGGAUAGUCAGGUUCGGAAGACAGGAAAGAACGCAGAAUCAAGUCAUGGUGACCAUGCAAAUUCCAAUCAACCCGAAUUUAAUUCCAUCAUUCCGACUCUUAGUUUAUUACUACAUUGAAAAGGGAUCACAGGUCGAAGUUGUUGCCGAUUCUGUGUGGAUUGAUGUGAAGGACACAUGCAUGGGAACACUGAAGGUUUCUGCUGCAAAUCCAAUUGAUGACAAAAAAUUAUACAAACCUGGAAGUGGGUUCAAACUGAAACUGAGAGGGGAUCCUGGAGCAAGGGUCGGACUUGUUGCCGUUGAUAAAGCAGUGUUUGCACUGAGUAAGAAGAAUAAAAUAACGCAGAGUAAGAUCUGGAGUGUGGUGGAGAAAAGUGAUAUUGGUUGCACUCCUGGAGGUGGUAGAAAUUUCCUCGGUGUCUUCUCAGAUGCAGGAUUAGCCUUUGCAACGAGCACUGAUGUCAAGACCGAAACAAGAGCAGAGCUGAAGUGUCAACAGCCAAAGAAACGCAAGCGUCGUGCAGCAAAUUUGGGGGAGGCCAAGGAAGAGAAAUUGAGGAAGUUCACAGACAAACUUCUGCGUCAGUGUUGCGAAGCCGGGAUGAAGGAGAACUUCAUGCGUUUCAGCUGCAGUAAAAGACAGAGAAGGAUAACACUUGGAAAACCAUGUGCAGAUGCCUUCAGAGAAUGUUGCGAGCAUGUUCACCAAUUUAAGAAGAAGCUUCUCGAAAGCAUGAUGAGUUUAGCCCGGAGUGCCGAUGAUGAAUAUUACACUCCUUAUGAGGACAUAACAGCCAGGUCUAACUUCCCAGAAAGCUGGCUAUGGCAGAUGUAUACUUUUCCACAAAAACUUGACAGCAAUGGCCAUGCAUCAAUGGAGAUAGCUCAAUACCUUAAAGACUCGAUCACUACUUGGGAAAUACAAGCUGUCAGUGUGUCUCCAAAAGAAGGAGUGUGCAUUGCUCAACCCUACGAAUUGACAGUAAUGAAAAACUUUUUCAUUGACCUUCGAAUUCCUUACUCAGUUGUCCGCAAUGAACAAGUGGAAAUCAGAGCAAUCCUCUACAAUUAUCAUGAUGAUGAAAUUAAAGUUCGUGUGGAGUUUCCUUACAAUGAGAACCUGUGCAGCAAUGCAAAACCAACAAGGCGAUACUUUGUUUCAGUCACUAUUCCUGCAAAAUCAUCCACUGCGGUGCCUUAUGUUAUAGUUCCACUAACAGUUGGAGAAAUAGCGAUCGAAGUCAAGGCCUCAGUUUUGAAUGUAUUUGUGACUGACGGAGUGAGAAAGUCCCUCCGAGUGGUGCCAGAAGGAGUUAAAGUGGAACUCCCAGUGGAUACUCACAAUUUGGAACCUAAAGGUAAAGUCCAAAAGUUUGAUGUUUCUAUAGAAGCCCCCGAUGACAUGGUUCCGAAUACAGAACCAUUGACAUUCAUCAGCGCUCAAGGAAAUCUUUUGGCUGAAACAAUUGAAAAUGUCAUCGAAGCAUCGAAUCUGAAACAUCUAAUCAGAGUUCCGACUGGAUGUGGUGAGCAGAACCUGGCGUCAAUGACCCCAGUGUUGAUUGUUACAACGUACCUGGACAGAACCAAUCAGUGGACAAAGUUGGGAGUGAACCUCAGAGAAACUGCAGUGAAGAAUAUUCAACAAGGUUAUGUCCAAGAACUGGCAUAUCGCAAGGAGGAUGGUUCUUUCGCAGCAUUUUUAAGUCGACCAUCCAGCACAUGGUUGACUGCCUAUGUGGUUAAGGUGUUUGCAAUGGCGCAUAACUUGAUCACAGUUGACGCAAAUGUACUCUGUGGAGCUGUGAAGUGGCUGAUAUUAAACAAACAGAAACCUGAUGGUUACUUCAAGGAGGAGUAUGGAGUUAUUCAUGGAGAGAUGAUUGGAGGAAUCAGACAAUCAGAAGGCGACGUGCCGUUGACUGCAUUUGUGCUGAUAGCACUAAUUGAAGCUAAAAGUUAUUGCUCGCAUUAUGUUACGAGUUAUGAAAACAGUAUCAAUAAAGCAUCAGAUUACCUGGAGCGGCACAUAGAUGGCCUUGAGAGAUCGUAUGGUGCAGUACUUUCAGCCUAUGCCCUUUCACUGUUGGGUAUAAACAAGGAGGACGUUGUCAUGAAAUUUGCUUCACCAGACAAAUCAUACUGGCCAGUGGCAGGAAAUGCUAACUCUCUGUACACUAUUGAGGCCACAGGAUAUGCCCUUCUAUUCUUCUUGCAGCAGGAGCGGUAUGAGCAAGCUGGUAAAUUAGUGAGAUGGCUGUCAAAAAGGAGCGAAUAUGGAGGAGGCUACAGCUCCACUCAGGCGACAAUAGUUGCAUUGCAAGCACUGGCCAGGUACAUGAUUGAUGUUCCUGAAUACAAGGAGGUUGACUUGGAUGUGGAGCUGUCCAUUCCUAGCAGGAGCAGAAGUAUUCCUUGGAAGUUUGAUACAGGAAAUGCAUAUGUAACAAGAUCAUUAAAGCUCAAUUCUUUUGAAAGGUUUUCUGUUCUCGCAAGUGGGAGAGGACAAGGAACACUGAAAGUUUUUACAACUUAUUAUGCAUUGUUGCCUAAGGAAAGGAAGGAAUGCAAGAACUUCAAUUUGGAAGUAACUGUUGAAGAGGUUGAGGAAGCUAAACGACCUGAAGGUGCUCUGAAUACUCUCCUGAUAAAUAUCUGUGCACGCUAUCAGAGCAAUACAGAAUCCUCAAUGGUUAUUUUAGACAUUUCCAUGUUAACUGGAUUCUCUCCAGAUACCAAUGAUCUUGGUCAGCUUAAAAAUGGAAUAGAGGAUUAUAUAUCAAGAUUUGAACUGGACAAGGCAUUAUCCACCAGGGGAUCACUGAUCAUUUAUUUAGAUUCGGUAUCAAAUCUAGAAGACACUUGCAUUGCAUUUAAAGUGCACCAGUUCUACAAAGUUGGAUUCAUUCAACCAGCCUCUGUCAAGAUCUAUGAAUAUUAUGAUACAACAAAGAGUUGCACUAGAUUCUACAAUGUCCCUGGAAACAGUGGGAUGCUCAGCAAAAUCUGCCAAGGUGAUGUGUGCAAAUGUGCCGAAGGAAGCUGCGUUUCUGUAAAGACAAAGCGAGAAAACCCUGCAAAACGUGAAGAAAUGUCAUGUGCCCCAGGAACCGAUUAUGUUUACAAAGUGACAUUCCUUGAGAAGGAACAGAGAGACAAUUACAUUUUCUACAAAAUGGAAAUUCAGACUCUUAUCAAACAAGGAAGUGAUCCAGUCGCUGAAAGGGAAACGAGACGACUAAUCACACAUCUCAACUGUGAUGAAACAUUUCAUGUGGAACUGAACCAAAAUUAUCUAAUAAUGGGACAGAGCCAAGAUCUGUGGCUGGAUGAGGGAAGAGUGAACUAUCUGGUUGGAGAACACACUUGGGUAGAAAGGUGGCCAACUGAAGUAGAAUGCCAAGAGGAGAAGUACAGACAACUCUGUGAAGACCUAGUAAUGUUUUCUGAAAAUCUCCAGUUUCACGGGUGUGGAAACUAAUUACUUUACAGCUUGAAAUAAGUGGGCAAAAAUAUGUGUACAAUAAAUUCUUCAAUAAAUGAUGCUACAUAAUCAAGUUUUAAAGAGUCAAAACUGAUUUUCUCUUCACUGCAAAAAUUUGGAAGAAUGGUAAUCAGCAGCAUUGUAUUCAAUGCAAGUUAGUUUAAUAGUACCAUCUGGAUGGUAAAAUCCAACCUCAGUCAUAAUAGAAUACCAAUGACUGAUUGGUCUGUCUGGAAAAGAUUACAGACCGUGUGUCUUUAAGAUGGUGUUUAAACGUCUAAUGAUUACAGCAUUGAUGUGGUUGUAUUUUGUAGAAUUAGGUUUGUGAUCAUUUAUAUCAAGAUGUAAUUGGUUAAGAAUCUGGCAUUAAAAUGCUUUUUAUCUCA